UUGUUCCAAUUUUUUUACAGAUUUCGAAAGCAUAUGUUACUUUUUUCUAAAUUCACCAUUAUUGCCCCAGUUAGUGGCGUGUCAAUCAGUGAGGAUAAAAGGUAGUUUAGACAAAUAAAUACUCUUAUAAUUAAUCCUAAUUAAUGUUCUUCUUAAGGGUGUGCAAAAACUUUAAAAGACAAAUAAUUAAUAUGGACGCAAGUAGUAAUAUCCGUUUACCUGUUUGUCCAGAAAUUACGAAAAUCCUAACUUGAAUUACAUUACGUCUGGUAUUCAUUAGCAGUCUUAUUGCCAUGAGUGUUUAGGGAGCUCUAGUUUCUUAAAGAAAACUGAUAUUGGGAUGAAAUGAGCUCAAAUAUAGAGUGAAACGAGUCAGAUGAUUCAUACAGCCGACCUCAAUUAGUUUUGGACUGAGAAGCAGGUGUAGCUGAUUGAAUGAUCUAUUGCACUCCUUUUGGAUCCAUUUCAUUGCAAUACUCAAUAAUUUGGGGUUCUUUAACACUAGAAGUUUUCUAUAUUUCCUAUCGGGCAUACAAGUCUCAAAACAGAUCAGACUUAAAAAACUCCUAGCAAAACCUGGACCUAAUGAAUGUCAAGAUUACUUUCUUAGAAAGUGGAGGAUGCUGAGGUUGCUCAAAGAAUUGGUUUUUGCUUAUUACUGCUAACCUUUGUGUUGAACAACUUUUAUCACAAUGGGAACCUUAUAUCGCAGUGGGGCUUUCAGAAGAUCGAACGAUAGAGGCAGACUUGUUAUAACUACAAUCAUGGGAAUGGUUUUUGGAUAUUUUAUUGGCAUUUCAUCUCCAUAUGUUUCUCUAACAAAGAUUACUUUACCUUCAAGUCUUAUGUCAUCUAUUGAUGUAGCCUUUGGUGAUGACCAUCGUAGACCUUCAAUUGAACGCUUUUUUCCAGAGAAUCUUGUAAAUCCAAAGAUAUAUGUUCCAAUAAAUCCUCGUGGUGCGGAGUCAUUGCCACCAAGGAUUGUGGUCUCUGAAUCAGAUUUUUACUUGAGAAGGUUGUGGGGUGAACCAAGUAAGGAUCUAACAAAUAAGCCAAAGUACUUGGUGACAUUUACUGUUGGUUUGAGUCAAAUGAACAACAUUGAUGCAGCGGUUACAAAGUUUUCAGAGGAUUUUCAAAUUUUGCUUUUCCAUUAUGAUGGUCGAACGAGUGAAUGGGAUCAAUUUGAGUGGUCCAAGCGAGCAAUUCACAUUAGCGUGAGGAAACAGACCAAAUGGUGGUAUGCAAAGAGAUUUUUACAUCCUGAUGUAGUAGCUGCCUAUGAUUACAUAUUUAUAUGGGAUGAAGACCUUGGAGUUGAGCACUUCAAUGCAGAGAAGUAUAUUAGACUAGUUAAAAAACAUGGCCUUGAGAUUUCUCAGCCUGCUCUUGAACCCAACAGUGGAUUGACAUGGCAGAUGACUAAAAGGAGGGAUGAUAGAGAAGUUCACAAGAGUACAGAUGAGAAACCAGGCUGGUGCAGCAAUCAACGUUUGCCUCCUUGUGCAGCUUUUGUGGAAAUAAUGGCUCCUGUGUUCUCUCGAGAAGCAUGGCGAUGUGUUUGGCAUAUGAUUCAGAAUGAUUUGGUGCAUGGAUGGGGAUUGGAUUUCGCAUUGAGAAGAUGUGUAGAGCCUGCUCAUGAAAAAAUUGGUGUUGUUGAUUCACAGUGGAUUGUGCAUCAAUUUGUUCCUUCUCUAGGGAAUCAGGGUGAGUCUGAAAAUGGUAAAGCUCCUUGGGAAGGGGUAAGAGAGAGGUGUACAAAUGAGUGGGCUAUGUUCCAAGAUCGUUUAGCCAACGCAGAUGAAUCUUAUUUUGUCCAGCAUGGAAAGAGUAGAAUACUACACCAGACUUUUCAAGAAAUUUUGCGCAUUUUGUUAUCCGUUUCCGCUAUAUAUCAUUUUGGAGGGGCUGCCAAACCAUUUCGGAAGAUGGCGUUUCAACAGUUAUUAGAAAUAUAGGCGGAUCUAGUUUGUAAGUUAUGGGUUCACUUGACCCAGUAUCUUUUAUUCAAAUUCUAUAUAAUAAUAAU